AUGAGGGACCGUCUGGCGGAGCUGCGGCAGCGCGUGGCGGCCGAGGGGGACCCACACGAGGACACCCUGGGCUUCGACAACCCGGCGCUGGCUGGGGACGAUGCCAGCCCCGUGGGGCGGGUGCUGCGGGAGGCGGCCGAGCUGUGGCGGGCGCUGGACCGGCUGGAGCAGCUGUCGGAGAGCAUCGACAGGACUCAGCAGACGGUGCUGUGCUGCACCUCGGAGCAGAGCAUGGCCCGCGAGAAGCGAGGCCUGGGUGCCGCCCGAGCGGCCUUCGCCCGCCAGGCCGCGGCCCUGCAGCCCCGGCUGGGCGCUCUGCCUGCGGGCCCGGCGGGGGGCUCGGGGCGAGCGGGGCCCCGCGUGCGCCAGACCCAGCUCUGGCUGCUGGUCAGGAGGUUCGGCGCCGUCCUCGCCCGCCACUACGCCCGGGAGAGCCGCUACCGCCAGCGCCUCAAGGAGCAGAUCCAGAGGCAGGCGGAGCUGGCGGGCAUCGCCCUGGGGGCCCAGGACGUGGAGCAGCUGGCCGAGAGCCCCGGGGGGCCGCGCAUCGUGGGCCAGGACCUGGAGGAGCUCAGGGCCAAGCAGCACCUCAGCGUAGCCCAGGUGCGCCAGUGGCAGCUCCUGGAGCUGGAGGCGCAGAUGGCGGAGCUGCGGGGGCUGUUCCUGCAGCUGCAGGGGCUGCUGGCCCAGCAGCACGGGGCGGCCGACAGCGUGGAGCAGCACGUGCUGCGCUCCCUCGACUGCACGGCGCAGGCUGAGGUGAAGAGGGCCCAGCGGUACCAGCGCCCAUCCCGGCUCUCGGCCCUGCUCAGAGCGACCCUCGGGCUCUGCGGCUGCUGCCCCUGCCUGCCCGGCCGCCGGGGCCUCAGCUGA